AUGGCCGUUGCACCCGCCGCUCCCUCCACCGCGAGCGCGACCCCCGGCGGUCGCAAGCAACCCGGCGCUCCCGAGAAGAAAUACAAGUGUCAGUUCUGCAAUCGGGCAUUCAGCCGGAGCGAGCAUCGAAGUCGUCAUGAACGGUCGCAUACAAAAGAACGACCUUUCAAAUGCCUUAAAUGUCGCAGCACGUUCGUCCGUCGCGAUCUGCUCUUAAGACAUGACCGUACCGUCCAUGCGAAAGAUGGAGGGAUUCCCCUCACCAGCGAACAUAAGCGUCGAAAUAACCAGAAGACGAAUGCGGCCGCGGCCAACGCACCACCGGCAGCGAAGCCGCCGGCCGCAGCACUAGGCCUGGAUUCGGCGACGUUAGAGCAGAUUGAAGCCAGCAGUGAUGGCAUGGUAGACCUCGAAACCGCAGCAAUGCUGAUGACUGACUUUCAUCACAAAGCAAUGGCGAGCCAAGAACCCGAAGCGUUCGUUGACAGCAUGGGAAUGCAUGUGGGUGCCAUGCCCGACGCGGUCAUCUCGGCGAACGGCCCCACGCUCCUCGAGCCCACUGGACCGUACACGACGACGAAUGGAUCGGUUUCACUUCCGCAGAUGCCGUGGGAUUCGUUCCUCCCGCAGACCGUCCGCGAACCGAAAGCGCACUCCAUCUCGUCCAGCAUUUCCGGCUCGCAGGAAUCACAUCUCACAUUCAACAGCUCCUCGACCGUGCAGGCGAUGGCUUCACAGCUUCCACCCAUCAUGGAACGCACCAUGUCGAAUACCGAGCCGUCCGCACACAUGGCGCAAUCGCUGAACGAGUCCAUCCACAUGUCCUGCAUGGGAACUCCCGGUGCGCUAUCACCCCUCCCAUCCAUGAUGGGACCCGUGUCUCCGGUGGACUACCGAAGAUCUCCGGGCCCAGGACAGGUAUUGAUCGUCGCCAAGGCGCCGCAGGUGCAGAACGAAGAGCAAUGCGCGCGAAUCCUCGAGAACAUCAAGCGACACGACAGUGAAGUGGCGCUGCUGGACACCUUCCAGUUACCGACGAUGCCGGUCCUCAACCGGUAUCUGUCGACGUACUUCAACCUGUUCCAUCAUCACCUGCCCUUCCUGCAUCCUGCGUCGUUCGAUCCGGCGGAGACGGCAGCACCGUUGCUGUUGGCGGUCCUCUCCAUCGGGGCUCUCUACACUUUCGAACAAGAUCAGGCGUACAUGCUUCACAUUGGCUCGAAGGUGCUGGUCCAACAGUUCUUGCAAAACAAGGAAAACUUCAGCUCGAGGAGAUGUCCGUUGUGGACGAUGCAGAGUACAUUGUUAAAUAUGACCUUCGCUAGCUGGAGCGGGGAUCCCAAAGGCCUGGAAUGGGCAUGUUCCAUUAAGGGUCUUCUUGCCAAUAUGGUGGCCGGAAACCGGUUCGAACUCCAACUCCGCACCGAAGCCCGCAAAGGCACGCAACCCAGCCACGCCGACUGGAUCCUCGACGAAGGAUGCCGCCGCACCUACUACGCCGUCUACAUCUUCUUCGGCCUUCUCACCCUCACCUACAACCACACACCGGCGAUCGCCUUCAACGAAUUCGACACCCUCGAACUCCCCUCCUCUGAAUCCCUCUGGACCCUCGACCCGUCCUCCGCCGCCGCCUGGCGUGACGCCCUCGCCUCCUCCGCCAUCCUCACCUUCAAAACCGCGCACGACCACCUCUUCUCCGACUCGCCGAUCCGCUACUCCGCCUUCGCGACCCGCGUCAUGAUCAACGCCUUGUUCCUCGAAGUCUGGUACCACAAGCGCAGCCCGGAGGCCCUGCAGGACGUCGUCACCGAGUACAAGCUACGGCUCGCCCUCGAGACCUGGGAGAAGUCCCUGGAUCUGUGCGAGUCGGAGACCGUCGUCGUGCGGCUGUCCGCCCCGCAUAAAGGCCACCCCCUCAUCUUCAACGCCAUGGCGCUCUACCGCAACACCCGCGCGCGCCUCGCUGUCGACCUCAAAUCCAUCCAGGAAGUCCUCCGCUACCACGACCCUUACGAAGUCGCCAGCGCGAUGACCCAGGCGCGCGACCGCGUCUCCCGCUCGGAGGAGAUGAUCAAGGUGAUCCAGGAAUGCUACGAGUGCAUCGAGGUGGCAGCGCUGCAGGGGAUCCGCUGGGUGGCGCGGACGAGCGCGACGAACUGGAGCAUCGAGCAUCCGCUGUGCGGGAUGGAUCUGAUGGUGAUCCUGACGCUGUGGCUGUAUCGGCUGGAGCACGACGAGGAGCCGGCGACGGAAGAGGAGGUGGGGAUGUAUAACAAGCUGCGGACGCUGCUGGAUGAGGAGGCGGAGGGAGGGGAGACGAAGCUGAGUAGCACCGUGGCGAGGAUUUGGGGGGGCAUGAUCGAUGAGGUGGUGGUGUGGGGUAUCACGAAACUCAUGGGUGAAGCGUUCAAGCUUCACGCACAGGCGCUCGUCGGCUACGAAGACGCCGUCUCCCACCAUCACACCACCCCUACCCCCGCCAUCGCGCCGCCCAACGUGCGCGCCCUGGAAAUGCAGACGGCAUACUAA